AGAAAGGAAACAAGAGUGGAAUUGAAUAUGAGACCUCGUUUCCGAGGCCACGGUACUUGAAAGCGCGAGUGAAGUGGCGGAGGACGUGGGCGAGGUCAGCUUCGGCCUAGUCUUCUGAACUGACACCUUUUUGCCUUCGAAGCACCGCUGUCUCUCUAUCUCCUCUCCUCUGGCUGUUGCAUCUCGGCCUGGGCAGAGAUGAGACGCCCAGAUUCCAAUCUGGGGACAUAGAUGAAGCUUGGAUUUCCGAAGAGAGAGAUCGCAGAGAAGAGAUGAAGCAGCCCCAGUGCAUGCGAGGCGUCCUAGGUUUUGAAGGGGUGAUUUUUUUUUUUUCCCUUAUUUUAACCGGUUAACUCAAACAACCAGUUUCACUUGUUUUUAAAAAAUGCCCACGUGAUUGGCUGUACCGGUACAGCCGAUGUACCACAGAAGGACCUGCAAGAGAUAUAACUAUUAAGGAUCCCACGCAAGUGCUCAGACACAGAGAGAGAAAGUGAGGGUGAGCAAAAGGGUAAGUUUGGCGAAAAGGGGAGCAGAGAAAGAGAAUAAAAUGGUUGAAAAUUUGUAGGUGUUUUUUUUAAAUGUGUUCUUUUAGCUGGUGAGAUCAGGCUUUCUUAUUUAUAAAAAAAAACAAUUUUUGAUUUUGGUUUUGGUUGAGUGGGUGAAAUUUUGGAUUUUGGGAAGUGGGUAAUGGUGGGUUUGUUAGGGUGAGAUUUCUGAGCUGGGAUUUUGGUAAUCUGAGUUGGGUUUUGGGGGGUGGUUGUGGGUUUUCUGUGAUGGUGUGUUUGGGUGUAAGAUACCAUUUGGAUCUGAGACUUGAAAAAGCAAGUGAGAUGGAGAGCAAGGUAGGGAAUUCACUUUGUCUCUGGUUGAUCUUAGUGGCUCAUCCACUAUGGAUGACAAUGGUGCUUGCUAAUAUGGAAGGUGAUGCUUUGCAUAGUCUAAGGACCAACUUGGAGGACCCUAACAAUGUCCUGCAAAGUUGGGAUCCUACCCUUGUCAACCCUUGUACAUGGUUUCAUGUCACAUGCAACAAUGAAAAUAGUGUCAUAAGAGUUGAUCUCGGAAAUGCACUCUUGUCGGGUCAACUUGUUCCACAGCUCGGCCUUCUUAAGAAUUUACAAUAUUUGGAACUCUACAGUAAUAACAUAAGUGGACCAAUUCCUAGUGAACUGGGGAACCUAACCAGCUUGGUGAGCUUGGAUCUUUAUUUGAAUAGUUUUGCGGGUCAAAUACCAGACACCUUGGGCAAGCUGUCAAAACUGCGAUUCCUCCGACUUAACAACAACAGCUUGGUGGGUCCGAUCCCUAUGUCAUUGACUAAUAUCUCCUCACUUCAAGUACUGGAUCUGUCAAAUAAUCAGCUCUCUGGAGAAGUUCCGGACAAUGGCUCCUUCUCUUUAUUCACUCCCAUAAGUUUUGCUAACAACUUGAAUCUAUGUGGCCCAGUAACUGGUCGCCCCUGCCCAGGAUCUCCUCCAUUUUCGCCUCCCCCACCUUUUGUCCCACCACCCCCAAUUUCAACACCAGGAGGGAAUAGUGCCACUGGGGCUAUCGCUGGUGGAGUUGCUGCUGGUGCUGCUUUACUAUUUGCUGCCCCUGCAAUUGCAUUUGCAUGGUGGCGACGGAGAAAGCCGCAAGAAUUUUUCUUUGAUGUACCUGCUGAGGAGGAUCCUGAAGUACAUCUUGGGCAGCUUAAGAGGUUUUCUUUGCGAGAAUUACAAGUUGCAACAGAUAGUUUUAGCAACAAAAACAUUCUGGGGAGAGGUGGGUUUGGUAAGGUCUAUAAAGGGCGACUAGCAGAUGGUUCACUGGUCGCUGUGAAAAGACUGAAAGAAGAGCGCACCCCUGGUGGGGAGUUGCAGUUUCAAACAGAAGUAGAGAUGAUCAGCAUGGCCGUGCAUCGAAAUCUUCUUCGGUUACGUGGGUUCUGUAUGACACCAACUGAGCGUUUACUUGUUUAUCCUUAUAUGGCUAAUGGCAGUGUUGCCUCAUGUUUAAGAGAACGCCCACCAUCCCAACCACCUCUUGAUUGGCCAACUCGGAAGCGAAUUGCAUUGGGAUCUGCAAGGGGUCUUUCUUAUUUGCACGAUCAUUGUGACCCGAAGAUUAUCCACCGUGAUGUGAAAGCUGCAAACAUUUUGCUGGAUGAGGAGUUUGAGGCUGUGGUUGGAGACUUUGGGUUGGCUAAACUUAUGGACUACAAAGACACCCAUGUCACUACUGCCGUACGUGGCACAAUUGGACAUAUAGCUCCAGAGUACCUGUCUACUGGGAAGUCUUCUGAGAAAACUGAUGUUUUCGGUUACGGCAUCAUGCUUCUGGAGCUUAUUACUGGUCAGAGGGCUUUUGAUCUUGCUCGGCUUGCCAAUGAUGAUGAUGUGAUGUUGCUUGAUUGGGUUAAAGGACUACUCAAAGAGAAAAAGCUAGAAAUGCUGGUUGAUCCUGAUCUCCAGAACAAUUAUGUAGAAGCUGAGGUAGAGCAGCUAAUUCAAGUUGCACUGCUCUGCACACAAGGUUCUCCAAUGGACCGGCCUAAGAUGUCAGAAGUGGUGAGAAUGCUUGAAGGUGAUGGCUUAGCAGAGCGAUGGGAUGAGUGGCAAAAGGUCGAAGUACUCCGCCAGGAAGUGGAGUUAGCUCCUCACCCAAAUUCCGAUUGGAUUGUUGACUCAACAGAAAAUUUGCAUGCAGUUGAAUUAUCUGGUCCAAGGUGACCUUGGCAUGGUAGAAGUGAGAAAAGAAAGGGGGGGGAAUUAUUUUCAACUUAAUUUUUUAACUAUAUAUAUUUUUUGUUUAAUGACCAUAUCCUGAUUAAUGUAUCUUGUAAGU